AGAGCUCUUUCUCUGAGCAGAGCCUCCGUCUGGCCUUCAGUGGAUGUUUGGCCAGGCUGACCAGGGCCUCCAGAGACCUCCAGCAGGACUCCCAUGGACUUCCCCAGAGGGCUGGUGGUCGCCUGGGUUCUCUGCCUCCUGCCAGGGUUCUGCGAUACCUUCAACAUUGACACCAAAAGGCCACGAAUUAUACCGGGCUCCAAAGAAGCGUAUUUUGGCUACACCGUUCAGCAGCAUGAAAUCAAUGGGAAGAAAUGGUUGGUGGUAGGAGCCCCUUAUGAGACCAGUGGCCAUCAGAAGACGGGAGAUGUCUACAAAUGCUCCGUCGAUAGUGAAGCCAACAGCACCUGCUCCAAACUCAAUCUUGGAAGAGUAACUCUUUCCAAUGUGUCGGAACGCAAGGACAACAUGCGCUUGGGUUUGAGCUUGACCACAAACCCCAAAGACAACAGCUUUCUGGCCUGCAGCCCGCUCUGGUCUCAUGAGUGCGGAAGUUCUUACUACACCACAGGAAUGUGCUCCAGGGUGAACUCCAACUUCAGAUUCUCCAAGACGGUGGCUCCGGCUCUGCAGCGAUGCCAGACGUACAUGGAUAUCAUUAUCGUCCUGGACGGAUCCAACAGCAUCUAUCCCUGGGCGGAAGUGCAGGAUUUCCUGAUAAAAAUCUUGAAGAAAUUUUACAUCGGUCCAGGCCAAAUCCAGGUUGGAGUCGUCCAAUAUGGAGAAGACGCUGUGCAUGAGUUUCAUUUGAAUGACUACCGGUCGGUUAAGGAUGUUGUGGAAGCCGCCCGACACAUCGAGCAAAGAGGAGGGACAUUAACCCAGACGGCGUUUGGGAUUGAAUUCGCUCGCUCAGAAGCGUUUCGGAAUGGCGGGCGGAAAGGGGCGAAGAAAGUGAUGAUUGUCAUCACGGAUGGGGAAUCCCACGACAGUUCGGACCUGGAGAAGGUGAUUGAAGGCAGCGAAAAAGACAACAUCACCCGAUACGCCGUGGCCGUCCUUGGUUACUACAACAGAAGAGGGAUCAAUCCCAAAGCUUUCCUGAAGGAAAUAAAGUAUAUAGCGAGUGACCCAGAUGAAAAACACUUCUUUAAUGUCAGCGAUGAAGCCGCUCUGAAAGACAUUGUGGAUGCUCUUGGGGAAAGGAUUUUCAGCUUGGAAGGAACCAACAAGAAUGAGAUCUCCUUUGGCCUGGAAAUGUCCCAGACUGGAUUUUCAUCGCAUAUUGUAGAAGAUGGGAUCUUACUGGGAGCUGUGGGUGCCUAUGACUGGAAUGGAGCCGUGCUCAAGGAAACCAGCAACGGCAAAGUGGUCCCUCACCGGGAAUCCUAUCUCCAGGAGUUUCCAGAGGAGCUGAAGAAUCAUGGGGCUUAUCUAGGUUACACUGUCACUUCGGUGGUUUCAAGAAGACGCGACCGAAUUUACGUAGCCGGGGCGCCCCGGUUCAACCACACGGGGAAAGUGAUUAUUUUCACAAUGCACAUCAACCGAAACCUCACCAUCCACCAGUCGCUGAAAGGAGAACAGAUCGGUGCCUAUUAUGGAAGCGAAAUAAAUUCCAUAGAUGUUAAUGGGGACGGGGUCACUGAUAUUUUGUUGGUUGGAGCCCCAAUGUACUUCAGCGAAGGAAGAGAGAAAGGAAAGGUGUAUGUCUACACUUUGAAAGAGGACCGGUUUGUCUCCAGCGGAUCGCUGAAGGACUUGCCCAGCUACCAAAACUCCAGGUUUGGCUCCUGCAUCGCCUCCGUCCCGGACCUGAACCAGGACUCUUACAACGAUGUGGUUGUCGGUGCGCCUCUGGAAGAUGACCACCAAGGAGCAAUAUAUGUCUUUCACGGACACAAGGAGAACCUCAUCCGGAAAUAUAAGCAGCGAAUAGCCGCGGCUGACCUUUCUCCAGGCUUGAUGUAUUUUGGGUGCAGCAUCCAUGGGCAUUUGGAUCUGAAUGAAGAUGGCCUCGUGGACCUGGCUGUCGGCUCCCUCGGAAACGCUGUCUUACUCUGGUCCCGCAGUGUUGUCAGAGUCAAUGCCAGCAUCCGCUUUGAACCGUUCAAGAUCAACAUCUUCAACAAGGACUGCGUUCGGAACGGAAAGGACGCCACUUGCCUCUCCGCCUUUGUUUGCUUCACUGCCAUUUUCCUCUCUGCGCAUUUCCAGACGGCCGCCGUGGCCCUGAAUUUCAACAUCACCAUCGAUGAGCGGCGCUAUAUCCCCCGAGCCCAUCUUGACGAAAACGGAGACAGGCUCACUCACAAGAGAGCCACCUUAUCCGCCGGUCAAGAGCAUUGCGAGAAGCUGAAUUUCCAUGUCUUGGAUACAGCUGAUUAUGUGAAGCCGGUCACAUUUUCCAUUCUUUAUGACCUGGAUAGUCCUCAUGAUGGACCAGUGAUGGACGAUGGGUGGCCGACCGCGCUGAACGUUGCUGUCCCAUUCUGGAACGGCUGCAAUGAGGACGAGCACUGCAUCCCGAAUUUGGUCCUUGAUGCUAAAACCGACAUCCCAACUGCCAUGGAGUAUUGCAGACGCGUCCUGAGAAAGUCGCAUUCGGAUUGCGCCGCCUACACGCUGUCUUUUGACACCUCCGUUUUUGUCAUAGAGAGCGCCAGAAGGAGGGUGGCGGUAGAGGCGGCCCUGGAGAACAUGGGAGAAAACGCGUAUAACGCCGUUCUAAACAUUUCCUUCUCGAGAAACCUGCAGUUUGCAAGCUUGAUCCAGAAGGAUGACCUGGACAUCAACAUUGAAUGCAUGUCUGAGGAGAAGCACCCAAACAGUAGGAUUUGCAAUGUCAGCUACCCGUUCUUCCGGGCCAAAGCAAAGGUAGCGUUCCGCCUGGAUUUCGAGUUUAGCAAGUCUAUUUUCCUCCAGAGCCUGGAGAUCUCUCUAACCGCCAAGAGUGACAGUGAAGAAUUAGAAAGCACCAAAGAGGACAAUUCCAUUCUCCUAAAGUUUCCACUGAAGUAUGAAAGCGAUCUCCUUUUCACCAGGAGUUCCAGCCAAGACUAUUAUGAGAUCAAGUCCAACAGUUCUCUGGAGAGAUAUGACAGCAUUGGCCCUCCCUUCAAUUGCACCUUUAAGCUACAGAAUCUGGGCCUUUUCCCCAUCGACGCAGUGGCUAUCAAAAUCACCGUCCCAGUCGCCACCCGAGGAGGAAACCGCCUUCUGCAGCUAACAGACUUCAGAGUCCAGGAGGAAAGCAUGAAAUGCCACAUUGGAGGCAACAAUACAGACUACCGCAGAACUCCCUCGGAUGAGGAUCUGGGCCGCCAUCCUCAGCUGAACCACAGCAAUUCCGAUGUGAUCUCAAUAGACUGCAAUGUGAACCUGGCAGCCAACGAAGAAGUCAGCUUCCUUCUGUACGGAAACCUCUGGAUGAAGUCGCUGAGAGCGAUGAAAUUCAAGUCGCUGAGGUUUGUGAUCAAUGCAUCUCUGCAGAGAGGGUUUCGCAGCGCCUUUGUCUUCAGAGAAGAAGAUCCCAGCCGGCAGAUCACAUUUGAAAUCUCCAAAGUGGAGGACUCCCAGAUCCCCAUCUGGAUCAUCAUUGGGAGCACAUUAGGCGGCCUCUUGCUCCUGGGGCUACUUGUGCUGGCCCUAUGGAAGCUUGGCUUUUUCAAAAGCGCCAACCGCAAGCGAGAGACAGAUGAGGGCCAGAACGCAAAAGAUUUGAACUGAGGUCUCCGUUUUCACAACCGCGUGAGGCUGUUUCUCCUCGCUGCCAAGUUUGGUCCGGCACACGGAGGCCAUUGUCGUUCACAUCCAUCGAUUUGCCCGCCUCCCUUCAUCAAUAGCAACCAAACCGCCUGGCGUUUCCUACAAAAGAGGGGAGCUUCUGUCUGGCAAAGGUAUUUCAAACUGGUUUUGACUGUUCCCUUCUGCUUAAGACACUGGAAGUACACACAGAGAGAGAGGACUCCCAAGGGGAGAUCCGCCUGAGACCAGGAAUCUUUCAGCGGUGAUCCCUUUCUUCAAAAUGACCCGCCUUGGCUCCCCAAAGCAAUGCAUACAGAGCCAGGAAAGGAGCGAGUCAGUCCAAAAACUGCACAAAAGGGCUGCUUGGUAAUACAAAAGACACCUCCUGUCUCAGGAUACUCUUCUUUCGGUUUGCGUUUCCAUGGGGGAAGAUUUCACACCUAAAAAGAAGAAAAGCGGAGGCAGGAGUAACAUAAAACCCAAGGGAAAGGAAAAGGAAGGAAGGAGCCACCCAGACUGAAUUAUUCUGCAAAGGGAUUUCUACAUGGGAUUUCUCUCCAAAACCAGUAAAAAGUGCAUUUAAUAAAAUGUUCUGAAGCUCUUCCCAGAUGAAUGGACAUUGCAGGAAGUUAAAACUUUCAGCUAAGAACUGUUCAGUAUCACAUAUUGCAAAGCGGAUGGCGAGAAUGCAAUGGCCCUUAACUUGCAGAUGGACACAGACUGACCUGCUUUCUAGCCGUUGUUCAGAAGGGAGGAAAUGUUGCAAGGAAAAGGAACAUAAGCAUAACAAACUGUGUCCACCUCUGAAUUGUGUAGAUCAUGCCACAGCAUCCUAAUUUCACAAUGUUGAUGCGCAUUCACCAAUCUUUGCAAAGGACCCCCACAAAAGAUGCAAUGCCCUGGAAAACUUCUUCCGCACCCGGGACCCAUAUCCCUUUCAAAGUGGUGCAGAAAAGGUGCCCAAGUUGACAUAAGUCUCCUUUCAGAUGCAUCAUGCCUCUUUCCAAAAUGUGUAUCCUCAUUAUUUGUACAUGGAGCAGUGAAGAGCUCUUAAUCGCCUUCUUUUAAUGCACUGAACACGAAGCGCCAACACUUGUAAGCACCUUAACACAAGCCUUCAGUCUCCAGCUGUAUAUACUUCUUCUGAAAAUGUUUACCUUACUUGUUUUGAAAAGGUGAGUUUAAGAUAAAAAAUGAAGAGAACCAGUUUGAAGGGUUUCCCGACAAAGUUGUGACAUUUCCAAAACCAACCGAGACAGGAAAAAAAUGUAUUAUAUGUAUAUAGUUUUGUAUGAUGGAAAGGUUUUAAUUUGGCCAUAUUGUUCUUCCUCUUCUGCCUAGUAGUUAUUUAUGCUAUUGUUAAUAUUAACGUUCAGCUCGAUGCAGCAACAUACGUCAAAUGCUGCAGCCAUUAGGUUUUCUUUAAGGAAAUUAAACUUUUUAAAAAAUGAAGAUGCUUUGAUGUUUUCGCUUGUCAAAAGCUUACUUUGAGGGAAUAGAGAUAUGCCAUUUAGAGGCUGCUAUAUUGUAUUUGCUGUGGUGAGUUGGACCUAGCUCUUUGGUUGGAGGAGGAAGAUUUAGGAGAGAAAUGUGUGAGCCAUGAACCAUAGACUCCUAGAUUCAGAAGAGACUCCAAGGGGCCACCCAGUCCGACAUCUUUCUGCCAUGCAGGAAUACACAAUCAGAGUCCCACGUGCGACAGAUGGCAUCCAGACCCUUCAACGGGACAUCCCUGCAAAUAUUUAAACAUGGCCAUCAUGUUGCCUCUUCAUCUUCUAAACAUUCCCAGGUUUCUAAGCCUAAGCAAGCCUAGCAGUUUUAGGGUAACAGGGGAAGCAGCCUCAGUCUUAUGGGUUGAAGUACCAGGCUCCAGUCAUUCACUGGAGGUACUCCAUCUCAUUGUAUUAGGAGACCAUCUGCGUGAAAAGAAACGGAGUAGCUGGACUGACUUCCCCAUGACUGAAUUCGGAGAGUUGCAAAGGCAAUCUACCUCUGCAACCCCAUUCAUCAAAAAGAGAAGAAGCCUAAGUUUCAGAAAGAAGGCACCCAGAUUUAUAAGGGGGUGGGGGGGAUAUCCUGACAUUUUCAAAUCAUUCCUCUCUCCCACAACCACAACGAGGUGCAACUGACAUGGUUUGGCCAGCCCUAAAACCUUGUCCAUAACUGGAAGAACAAGAAGUUGAUAAAAUACUUGUAACUCCAAACUGCUUGGAAAGAAGGUGCAAGUGAGGCCUGACAACCCUCCUCUUCAUUGAAAGUGCUGCGAUUUGGCCUCUUGCGCAUCUCCCAAAUCCAGUAGAGUUCUGAACAUGUUGACUCCAAUCAAGCAAACUGACAAGUCCAAGACCAAGGCCUUGCUCCUUUCUGUCCCUUACUAGCACCCAAUGAGAACAACACCCCAUGUUUUGCAGCAGGAAAGAUCAGAAAUUAAGAGCUAAUUUCACAUUCAAGGUUUUAUUUGUUAUACAAACAUACACACCGGUGCCUGGGACGCCCUUUUAGUUUAAAUCAUACUUCUUUGAUUCAUUUCUUUUUUAAUUUAAAUGACUGCGGAACAUUCUUUCGUUGUCCGACAGAAAGUGGCGCUUAAAAUGAGGGCAAAUUUCAGGAGCCUGUCAAAAUAAACCCUUGAACAUUUGGCUGCUGAAGUUUCUGCUAAGGAGAUACUUUUCACAGGUCAAACCUUCUUCAUUUAAUAAAGGUAUGACUAAU